GUGUUGUUUCCACUGGUGUUAAAACUAUCACUGGAUCUAAUUUGAAGAUACACAACGGGGUACCGUGGCGGAGUGAGAUUCUACGCUUCUCUGGGGAAACUAAUUGACUGUAGAAGAAAGUUGAUCUACAAACUGAUUAGUCACCAGGAGAAAACAGACAAGUGAAAUAUGAUGAACGCCCUGGGUCUCGGUCUUCUUUGUUUACUCCUUUGGCCUGAGCCUGCAGAGGCUCAGUUUCCUCGAGUGUGCUGCACAGUGGAGGGGAUCCUGUCCAAGCAGUGCUGCCCUGCUCUGGGCUCAGAUCCUGCCAAUGUGUGUGGCUCUCUGUCGGGGAGAGGAAUCUGCUCUGCAGUUCGAGUCGACAGCAAACCCUGGGGAGGACCAUACAGACUAAGAAAUGUUGAUGACAGAGAGAGGUGGCCGACCAAAUUCUUCAACCAGACUUGCAGGUGUACUGGGAACUUUGCAGGUUAUGACUGUGGCCAGUGUAAAUUUGGCUGGACCGGGCAAAACUGUGACCAGAGGAAAGCUCCUGUGGUGAGGAAGAACAUCCACUCCCUGACCCCUGAAGAGCUCCAGGAGUUCCUGAAUGCUCUGGAGCUGGCUAAGACCACCCUCCACCCAGACUACGUUAUUGCCACCCAGCACUGGCUGGCACUCCUGGGACCAAAUGGAACCGAGCCACAGAUUGCCAACAUCUCCAUCUAUGACUUCUUUGUGUGGCAACAUUACUACUCAGUCCGAGAUACUCUUCUUGGUCCAGGUCGCCCAUUCAAAGCCAUCGAUUUCUCACACAAAGGUCCAGCAUUCAUUACCUGGCACAGGUAUCACCUUCUGAGCUUGGAGAGAGAGCUACAGAGACUGACUGGCAAUGAGAACUUUGCGAUCCCUUACUGGAACUUUGCCACAGGGCAGAGUGAGUGUGACGUUUGUACCGACUCUCUGCUGGGGGCCCGAAACCCAGAUAACCCCUCUCUCAUCAGUAACCAGUCCAGAUUCUCCAGAUGGGGGGUGGUGUGUAACAGUUUGGAUGACUACAAUCGCCUGGUGACUCUUUGUAACGGCACGAGUGAGGGUUUCAUCCAGAGAGGGAUAAUGGAGCAAAGUAACAUGUCUCUGCCGACCAUGAAUGAUGUCAGAAGCUGUCUUGGAAUCAGGGACUUUGACAGCCCUCCCUACUUCACCAACUCCUCCUUUAGUUUUAGAAAUGCUCUUGAAGGGUAUGAAAAGCCAGAUGGAGAACUGGAUGAAUCAGUCAACAAUCUUCACAACCUCGUGCACUCCAUGCUCAAUGGAACCAGCUCUUUGUCCCACUCUGCAGCCAACGACCCCAUCUUUCUGGUGCUCCACGCUUUCACUGAUGCUAUUUUUGACGAGUGGAUGAGGAGGAUUAUUCCAUCCAAUGCCACCUUCCCAGAUGAGAUGGCCCCCAUUGGUCACAACAGGGACUACAACAUGGUUCCCUUUUUCCCUCCGAUCACUAAUGAGGAGAUCUAUAUCACGUCUGAUCAGCUGGGAUAUUCCUACUCUGUUGCCCUGGAUGAGGCAGAUGGAGGACCCACUGUGUUUGUGCUGGGCUCCACUCUGGGGGGAGUCUUCAUCGGUCUCCUGGUGCUCCUCCUUAUCUUUGUGCUCUACCUGCGUCAACGAAGAAACAGUGGCUUUGAACCUCUGAUAAAAGCAGACUUCACAAAUAGAAGGUACACAGAGGAAGCCUAGAUUUCACCUGUUGUUCUGAAAUGCACUUCAGUACUCAUACCUACCUAAGAGAGAUGGAGCAGACAUUCUACAAUGUUGUGUAAGCUCGACCCUGAAGCAAGAGGAAAAUACUAAUCAUGUGAAUGAACGACACUUGUACCCUUUAGAUGUUAAGACUAAUUUCAUACUACACCAUAAUUUGAAUUGUACUAUCCACUGAAAAACAUUGAUAGAAACUUACAAGUUUCAACUGAAGCCAAUCAAAAUAAAUGUACAA